GCUCCGCCCAGACGCCGUGACAACCGACGCCGCUCCGCCGUCCAGGUGAACGGUGUGCGAUAUUGCAGAGAUCUGGACCGUUUUGGAGCUUAUCAGAGGAUCUGCAUGAAAUGGCCUAACGCGGUAUGCUUUGUCUCGGAGCCCGGUUGUCUCUCGGACGUCUCGGAUGCCGUCUCUCUCCCUCACCUCUCGGAGAAUAGAGCGGGAACGCCGCUACCAUGAAGACUGACAAGGGGAUCAGAAUUUGAGCUGUUUAUACCGAGUGGUAAAAGCUAGCGGAGAGGCUCGGCAGCCAGCUAGCCAGACAGCUCACACACACCCGGCAGCGGCGGCUCGGAUAUCGGUUUUCCGCGGCCAUGGCGGGGCUCAUCAAGAAGCAGAUCCUGAAGCAUCUCUCCAGGUUUGCUAAGAACCUGUCGCCGGACAAGAUCAACCUGAGCACGCUGAAGGGGGAGGGCCAGCUCACCAACCUGGAGCUGGACGAGGAGGUUCUCCAGAGCCUGCUGGACCUGCCCACCUGGCUCGCCAUCAACCGUGUGGGCUGCAACAAGGCUGCCAUCAGGAUACCAUGGACGAAGCUGAAGACUCACCCCAUCUCUUUGACGCUGGAUAAAGUGGUGAUGGAGAUGAGUACCUGUGAUGAGCCCCGUCCUCCCAAUGGCCCGUCUCCCAUAGCAACAGCAUCAGGACAAAGUGAAUAUGGCUUUGCUGAGAAGGUGGUCGAGGGGAUGUCCCUUUCCAUCAACUCCAUCGUCAUCAGGAUCAGUGCCAAGGCCUUCAACGCCUCCUUCGAGCUCUCCCAGCUGCAGGUCUACAGCGUCAACACCAGCUGGAGCAUGAGCGACCUGCGAUUCACUCGUAUCCAGGAUCCUCAGAGGGGAGAGAUCCUCACAUUUAAGGAGAUCAGCUGGCAGAUGAUUCGUAUCGAGGCCGACGCUAUCCAAAGUGCCGAGCACGAGAUGUUGAGCGCCCCCAUCCGCCUCAUCACCAACCAGUCCAAGAUCAGAGUCACUCUAAAGAGACGGAUCAAGGACUGUAACGUGGUGGCCUCCAAGCUGAUUCUGAUCUUGGACGACCUGCUGUGGGUGCUGACCGACUCCCAGCUCAAAGCCAUGGUGCAGUAUGCAAAGUCCCUCAGCGAGGCCAUGGAGAAGUCUGCACAACAGAGGAAGAGCAUGGCCACAGAAGAUCAGGUGUCAUCAGCGCCCCCCUCCACCCAGCAGGUGCGCACCCAACAGGCGUCCACAGCCGCUGACCAGAGUGCGACCAUGGCCAAGCUGUUCAGCGCCUAUGAUGUGUGCGAGACGUCCCACCACCUUCAGAUCACACACCUCGACCUGCACAUCUGUGACGACAUCCACGCUAAGGACAAAGUUAUCAACAAGCGGGUAACAGGUGGAGCCAUGCAGCUUUCCUUCAGCUCCAUCACUCUGGACUACUACCCUUUCCACAGAGCAGGUGACAGUUGUGUCCACUGGAUGCACUACAGCGAAGCCACUAAAACCAGAGAGGGCUGGGCGAGGAACCUGCUGGAUGAGUUCAAGUCCAAUGUGGAGAUGUUAAAGAGUGCAGUUCGGGACCAACAAGCCCCGGCCCCUGCACACAGUUCCCCACAACAUGGUAAGAUAAGCACUUCGUCCAGCUCUGCCUUCAGUUCUCCUCCCCCUCAAACCCCCAAAACCCAGCUCAUGUCCAGCUCGGUUGUUCUCAGGAUGGCGGACUUCAGCAUCUACCAGGUUUCAACAGCAGACCAGCGUCGCUCCAGCCCCAAGGCCAUGAUCUCCUGCAAUAAGAAGUCCUUGUACCUUCCCCCGGAGAUGCCCGCCAUCCAUGUGGAGUUCACAGAAUACUACUUUCCUGAUGGAAAAGACUACCCCAUCCCGUGCCCCAACCUGUAUGCCCAACUCAAUGCCCUGCAGCUGGUUCUGGAUCCUCGCAGCCUGGUGUGGAUCAACCUCUUUGCCCUCGACCUCAGGCAAAGUCUAGAGCAAUUCAUGGAGAUCUACAAGCUCAACGACUCCCAGAAACCCGACGAACAUGUCGACGUCAAAGUUGACGGGCUCAUGCUCAAGCUGGUGAUUCCCACCGACCGGGACUCCUCCUGCCCCCCUGACCUGCCUCGCUCCAUCUCAGUACAGACUUCAGAAAUGGUGGCCACCAACACCCGGCAUCCCGCCAACUGCACCCGCUCCCACCUUGAAGCUCUGCUGCAGGCCUUCGAAGAGGAGCUUUUCUUCUCUUCGUCUUUCUCCUCUUUCCCUCGCUUCCCUUCCUCCUUACCCAUCCUGCAUCCUGUCUUCCAGCGGCACGCUCACGAACAAGACACCAGGCUGCACGACAUCUACCGAGGCCUGGUGCUGCCCACGAUGGGCACAGACGCUCUCAAAAUGCCUGCCGCCACUGACUUUUGGGCGCUGCACUUUGCUCAGUUUUGGGUGGACUAUGAAGGCACCCGCGGAGGUAAAGGGCGGCCACAGCCCUUCGUGGACUCCUUCCCUCUCACUAUGUGGGCCUGUCAGCCAUCGAAGCUUGUCCAGCAUCAGGAGAAGCUGAGAAGCGCUGCAGGAUCAGGACUGUCCCGGAGCACAUCGGGAGAGGCCGUCGCACGUUUGCAGAGAAAGCGAUUAUUAAAGGAGUACUACAGCACUGAUGGUGCCCCGACAUCAUCUCACAGCAACGACUCAGCACUGCCACCCAGUAACGGACUCCAUAAACCCCUCUCACUGGACAGCCUGCCCUCGUCAUCCUCCUCUUUGUCAGCAUCACAUAAAGAUCCAGAUGUGCAUAUGUUGGUACAUGUGCAGAAGCCUUUAAGCGCUCAGGUGAGCCAUCGGCAGUAUGUGUUUCUGAUGCAUCUUCAGCGCAGCAUCAAAGCCCUGCAGCAGACACUACAGCAGGAUCUUGAGGAGAUGGGCUCCAAGAAAGACCGUAAGGAUCCCUCCCUCCGUCCUGCAGAUCACCAGCCCUUCACCGCCUGCCUGGGCCUCCUGCUCAAAAGCGCAGAGGUGUCCCUGCUCCUGAAGCCUGUCCCUGCACCCGAGGGUUCAGGAUCUCCUCUCGGCUCAGAGCUUUCGCCGUCCGAGAGUCGUGGAACUCUGGAGCCUGCUGGUGAGGCAGCGGAGGUGGCAGAGAAGAGCAAUGAAGGGUCUGGCUCGGAGGGAGGAGCAGCCAAGCGGCCUUGCAGUGUCGACCAGCUGUUAUGUGAUGAAGGACCGGAGGUUGGAGCCGCACAGGGUCCCGCCCCCCUCGUACCCACUUCAAGUGCAUGUCCUGAGUCAAACCACAAAGCCUCAGUGGAGGAGAGGACUUCAGCUAAGAACUCUGGGAGAGGGAGUUCAAAUGAAGGUGGCGACAUGAUGGUGGAUGGGUUGGCAGGUGAUGAAAUGGGACCUGGGUUGGACUCCAAAACCAGUGUGAGCGACCCACUGUCUGACCCACUGAACAGCAAAGACUGGAGCGACAAAGACAAGGCUGCGAGUGGGAAGAUGCCUCAGUCGAUAUCCAGGAAAGGAAGUUUGUCUGUGGUUUCUGAUCUCCUCAGCUCCUCAAACUCCAGCAGAUCCACCUCCCUUUAUUCCAUGUCCAACAUUGGUCGUUUGAUGCGGGACCGCUCCCAGUCCAGUUUCUCUGUGUCCUAUAAAAACAUGAAGAAGAGUCCGUCUCUGCAGUCUCUGGACAACAUCUCCAUUGACAGUUAUCUGAUGGAGGACGGAGACACCUACAGCCUGCUGGAGAGAGACGAUGUGUCCAUCUCUGGCUUCAAGGAUGCCAUCAGCGAACAGAGCGCCACAGAGAGCGCCACCGAAGCAGUAACUGGCCAGGAGCAGGAGGGAGGGGUUUCUCCAGACACCGUCAGCGCAGCAUCCCAGAGCAUUGACGAGCCCACGAAAGAUAUAGUGUCGGUGCUGGUGCUGAAGGUGCAGUCGGUGUGCGUGGGCAUGGAGGUGGAGGGCGAGAGCACGGCCGUGGCCCUGGAGGUGGGCCGGGUCACGCCCAGCCAGCUGGGCAACGUCAGCCUCAGACAGUACCUCAGCAACCGCAGCCUGGGUAUGGUGUGUUCAGUACCAAUACCUGCUCAAAGCAGCCAAGCUGGUGGAGAGAACAGCUCCGGAUCCAUCCAGGGCCUCCACAGUCCGGAGGUCCGGGCUCGCCUGGAGAGCGGGCCGUGCGCCGCCGCCCACUCCCCGCUGGCCGAACGCAACGGCUUCCUGCAGCUGCAGCUCCACGGCUACCAGGCGAGCUUCAUGAUGUCCACGCUACGCAACCUGGCCCUGUUCCUGGAGGACGACUCUGCCCCCCAGGUGCUGCCCAUGGAGAUCAGCGUCAGGGACACGCACAUCAAUUUAAAGGACGACGGCCCCCGUGACAAUCCCUCCGACUCUGAGCCGUCGCCCAUCACCCUCCACGUGGACAGCCUCGUCAUACACCGAAGAGACGACGGGUCUUUCUCCAUAGGAGUGGACGGGGCAGCAGAGGCCAAACCCAAGAAAGCGGGAUCGUUGAUGGACAGCUCUCUGAGUCCGGUUCCUGAGACUGUAGGCAUCGUCUGUGGCGUAUCAAAGGCGACGCAGACUCAAGCUCCGCCUACCAGCCCCCCGCCAUCCACCAAGGAAAAGAUGCUGAUGGAGGAGAACGAGUGUCUGAAGGUGGAGCUGUCCAGAGCCAAGAUGGCGCUGGCUGAGGCUCAGAUGGAGAAGGACUCGCUGCUUCACCGCAUGAAGAGCCUCAAAGUCAACCCCAGCUAGACCCGGCCCUCUCUUCGCACCCCGUCAAUCACUCAGCCCCUGCAGGCCGGCGGAGACGAGCGGCGACACCGACGGGCAGCAGCUAGCAUCGGCGAGUCAAGACAAACAGGAGCUUCUUACUGCGCCGGCUCCUUUUUCACGCUUAUUUGGCGAGCGAGCCUCCAUGCCACUUCAGACUUCAACACAAAGCAAUGCAGAGUCUGAAAAAAAAAAACACGUUUUUACCCGCUUGUCUGUUGUGUUCUGGACUGUGGAGGCUGGAUGCAUUUGAGGAGUUGGAAAAGUGACAUUUAAUGUGUGAAAGAGAGAGGAUGAGAUGGAUAUUCUUGGUUGUGCCUACAGAAAACCAUUCCCACACUAUCCCUGUCGUCUAACUUAAAAUUAAAAGCAUCAGAGCUUGUCUUGGAUGAGCUUCGUUCAAACCUGUAGGUAUGAAUAAACACUGAAUGUCACAUCUUCAGAAGAAUGUCUCAAAAAAAACCGUCUUAUUUUGCACUGCACUGAAAUUCAAUUUGUAAUUUAGUGCUUUCAUAUUCAGAGGAGGGCGAGACAAAUCAUGCUCCUACUCGUCCUCAGAGCGUGUACAGUGUAUAUUGUACAAGAAUGUGAACACAUAACUAUUUUCUACAGAACUCUGAAUGGUUAUGCAGUGUUUCAGUUGAAUGUGUGUGUUUGUGUGUCUCAGUCAGAACAAGCAUUUCGUUACGAGUAGAGGAAAAAUUUCCACCGCUUUGUUAGCAAACCGUUCCACACUAGUCCCCCCCCCCCCCCCCCCCCCCCCCCCCCCCGGAUCCUUCUCUCUCUCCUAUUUUUCUAUGUGUACAUAGCUACUAAACAUGUGCUGCACUUUUAAAACAGAGGCACUGUAAAUAGAACAACUAGAACUGUGAGCGAACCCGACCAGCGGAGAGCGCAAUUUAGGAAAAAAAAAAAAGCAAUUUGUGUGCCGGUGUCUUAAAGAAAUAACAGGAGUAGGAAAAUAAUGGCACAUUGAAGCUGCCUGACUACAUGUAAGUGUGUUUGUCUUUAUGUAAAUUUCUAAUCUGCCAUGUAUUGUAAUUCUUUCAUGGACAUGCAAUGACCAUAUCUGCUGCUGUUCCAUGCUUCAUGCCGGACUGACGACUUCAGGGGAAGAAUCUCUGAAUAGAUUUUAAAACCGGCUAAACUCGACUGACUUUUCUAACAGCACAAAGGACCGUUCAUAUGCAACUGUCUUAACCUGUACUCUAGCUUGGCCCACUUCAUUUCAGAUUCUGUCUUUUCAAAAUAAAAGUUGCUCUGGUUCUCUGCACAAACGUGGGAUUCAGACUUGAAGUGUAAGAACACAACUGUAUGUGAAGACUUGUGUGUGUCAGGGAGGAUUGUUUUUUUAAAAUCAGUUUUUCCUCCAUUCAUCCCAGUCCUCCUCUUAUGUUUUUUUUUUGGGGGGGGGAGAAACUUCACCCUCUGAAAAGGAAGAAAAAUAUACACAAAAAAUAACAAGUUGUAUUUUGUCUGUCAAAGCUGCUGAAAUACUGAUAAAAAUAAAAAGUAUCCAGUUUAAAAGGUUUCA